AUGGCCAGGCGCGGCACGGGGCCCUCCCUCCUGCACCUGCUCCUGCUGCUCCUGCUGCUCUCUGUGCAUGGGGGCCAGGGCUGCGCCUCGCUCUCCGUGGACUCGCCCAUCGUGCUGCUGGGAUCGGCCGUGUCGGCGUCGUGCACCGUGCGCGCUGAGCGCUGCGGCGGGCUGCAGCGCGCCCAGAUCCACAUCGCCUGGCUGCUGGACAGCGAGCCCCUGGCCGGGCGGCAGCAGCAUGGCCCGGCGGGCACCGAGCUCUCCAACCUCACGCUGCCCCACUUCAACCGCAGCCAGGCCCGCCUGUGGUGCCUGCUGCAGUGGAACGGCACGCGGCAGCGCGUGGCCAUGGCCGAGCUGCGGGCUGGCUACCCCCCGGCCAAGCCCUCCAACCUGAGCUGCAUGCUGAACCUCAGCGACUACGGGCUCACGUGCCAGUGGGCGCGCGGCGCCGACAGCCUGCCCACCAGCGUCGCACUCAAGUGCGCCACGAGCCGUGCGCAGCGCGAGGCCGGCGCGGCGCUCACAGGCUGCAGCCCGCGCGACGGCCGCCACCACUGCACCGUGCCCCGGCGCCUGCUGCAGCUCUACCGGCACAUGGAGAUCUGGGUGUCCGCCCGCAACGCCCUGGGCACCGCCGAGUCCGAGCGCCUCCGCAUUGACCCCAUGGACGUGGCCAAGCUGGAGCCCCCGGCAUUGCAGAGCAUCGAGCCGCUGCCUGGGCAGCCCGACUGCGUGUCCGUGGGCUGGCGGGCGGCGCGGAGCAGCGCGCACAUGGAGCUGCAGUGCGAGCUGCGCUACCGCUCGCCCGAGGAGCCUGCCUGGGCGCUGGUGCCCAACAUCAGCGAGGCGGCGCAGCCGGCGCUGCGGCUCUGCGGCUUCCUCUGCGGCACGCGGUACCGCUUCCAGCUGCGCUGCCGCCGGCCCUCGCCCGGCGCCUACUGGAGCGAGUGGAGCCCAGGCAAGGAGGUCACCACGCAGGAGAAAGCGCCGGCAGCGAGGCUGGACGCGUGGUGGAGCACACGGCGCGUGGGCGCCGGGCGCCGCGUCGAGGUGCAGCUGCGCUGGAAGGCUCCGUCGUGGCGCGAAGCCAACGGGAGGCUGCGGGGCUACCGCGUGGCACUGAGCCCGCGGCAGCGCGGCCACGGCCCCCUCACCGUGUGCGACACCAGCGACACCCAGUGCGGCUUCUCGGCCCCGGCGGGCACCGCCAGGGUCUAUCUCACGGCCUACAACGCGGCGGGCGAGUCGGCCGCCACCGAGGUGGUGCUGCUGGAGCAGACGGGGCAGCCCCUGGCCGGGCUCCGGGCCGUGCCGAGCGGCGAGCGCAGCCUGCGGGUGCAGUGGGAGCGCCCGCCGGGCGCGGUGGCCGGCUACGUGGUGGAGUGGCAGCGCGUGCCGCCCGAGCCGGCCCUCUGCAGUGCCUGCUGGCAGAGGCAGCGCGGCGCGGGCGCCACCGGCGCCCUCAUCCGCGAUGGCAUCGAGCCCUUCCAGCGGUACAACGUCUCGGUGUUCCCGCUCUACGAGGACGCCGUCGGGGCGCCUGCCCACAUAGCAGCCUACUCCAAGCAGAAGGCCCCAUCGCGCGCCCCGAAGCUCCACCUGAAGAGCAUCAGCAAGUCCCAAGCCGAGCUGUGCUGGGACUCGAUCCCCGUGGAGCUGCAGAAUGGCUUCAUCACCAGCUACACCAUCUUCUGGGCCAACAGCACUGCGGACGUGUCCAGUGCCCUUGUGCCCCCUGCCCACAGCUCCUUCAUCGUGGGCAACCUGAAGCCCUCGACCCUGUACAAAGUGCACAUCAUGGCCUCGACCGCGGCGGGCGGCACCAACGGCACCAGCCUCAUCCUGGUCACCACAGUGCUUGAUGACAUUGAAAUCCAGUUCCUCUUCCUGAGCCUGGCGCUCAUCUUCAUCCUGCUCAUCCUGCUCAUGAUCUGCUUCCAGAAGAACGGGCGGGUGAAGAAGCAGCUGUGGCCGAGCGUGCCCGACCCUGCGCACAGCAGCCUGGGCACGUGGGUGCCCGCCGAGCUGCACCGGCCUCCGCAGGUGGCCGGCACGAGGGAUCCGGGCCCAGCCACCAUCUCUGCCGUCACGGUGCUGGAGAGGGCGCCGGGGAAGGCGGCGGAGGCGCCGAGCGCGGCCCCGGAGCGGGCGCAGGGCUACGUGCAGCAGCCCGGGGCGCGCGCGGCCGAGCCCGUGCAGUACGUGCAGGUGCUGGGUGACGACCCGCGGGCCGGGCCGGCGCGGUGCCCGCGCGGCGGCAGCCCCCGCCAGCCGCUGCUGCCCUACCAGAACGUGCGGCCGGCGCGGCGCGCCGAGCCCGCCUCGCUGCGCGAGCCGCUGCUGCACUUCCCGCUGCUGCAGGGGCUGCGGCUCGGCGGUGCCGACGAGCUGCACGACUGCCAGCGGCCGUAG